AUGGAAGACAUCAGCUGCCUCGACGGGGUCGCUCAGCUCAGCCCCAAAGGCGGCAGAAUCGUGGCACCCUAUGACGAGUGGUGGAAGCUCCGAGAGAGAUAUCGCUCCGAGAAAUACGGUCCUGCUCGGAAAUUCCUCCGGCAGCACAAGUACGGCUUUGCUCAGGGCACUGCAUUUUCUCGGCUCGCAUACCUCUGCACACGCGCGCAGCGAGGCCUAAUCUCCUACUUUGAUCGCCCAAUUGCAGAGCUGCGCCAGUUCUGCGCUCAGCGGAGCUUGCCUGGAGUCCAUGGUCUGAAGAAAGUGGAACUGGUGAAGCUACUUGAAGCAGAGGAUGAAGAGGCAUCGUUCCCGCGGUUUCUGGAACUUCCGGCGGAACUCAGAGUUUUAGUCUAUGGGUUUUCGUUCAAUGUGGUCAAAGGAGAAGAAGUGCAAGGCUUUAGGCAGAGUCCGCUUGGGAUCAGGUUGGUCCCGCCACCGGUCACUGCGGCCUCCAAAAUGCUUCGCAAGGAAUCACUCCCAUUGUACCACACCACCGCUGGACUUUACAUCAGGGCAAUUUACCAACGCAGUGACGCAGUCUCCAGCCACCGUGCAGUAUCGUGGCCAAACGACUACAAACUUGAUUUGCACAGAAUGACGACUUCGCUCUUCAAGAAUGUGCCAAUUCUGGCACUCCAGUCAAUCAGAACAAUCUACUUCCGCAUAGAUGUCGGCCGUAAUGAUGAUUUUCGUUCGGAGAUUACCUGGGAGAUCGCUUUACCAACUGCAAGGACGCCUUGCGGUCUGAAGAAUCUUAGACGCGAGAAUUCCAACGACCCGCUGGGAGCAAACGAAUUGGAUGAAAUAGAAGAUGGCAUUCGCAAAGUUUUUAAUGACAAGCUCAACGGCAGGCAGGGUGAGCGAUUAAUACUCCGGCGGAAAGACAUCUAUGAUCUCUACAAGGCCUUUCCAGUCACUCGACGGCAGUAG